AUGUUGGCUCUUUUUGCUCAGUUGGGUCAGGCUCGCUGGUCCGACCUUAACCAGAUCUACCUUGAGGCUUACGAUGUUGGACUUAUACAGUGUAUGGUGGCUUUUGCUUUGCAGACUGUUGUUUUUUUGAUUUUGGCUUGGUACAAAAGCGCAGUUUCACCAGGAAUUUACGGCGUUUCACUACCUUGGUACUUCUUCUUGACCAAAAGCUACUGGCUGCCUCAUUCUGGAAGCAUAGCAGAUUUCACUGAUCCUCUAGAUUCGCAACCAUCGGGUGAAGCUUUUGACACCGAACCCAGCUAUUUGAACAUGACAGUUCAUAUCAAGGACAUGAGCAAGGUUUAUGGUAAUGGAACGAAAGCGCUCGAUCAGCUCAAUCUACGGCUGUAUGAGGAUCAGAUCACAGCACUUCUUGGACAUAAUGGAGCAGGAAAGACUACUACCAUGUCAAUUCUCUGUGGCCUGUACUCAUCAUCAACCGGUACUGCCACUGUCUAUGGCUGGGAUAUUCGAAAAGAACUGCAACGAGUUAGGGAUUUACUAGGAGUUUGUCCACAGUAUAAUGUGCUAUUUUCACAUUUGACAGUUUCUGAGCAGUUGCGAUUUUUUGCGGCUUUGAAGGGAACUCCAGAUACUCAGCUUGAUCAUGAAGUUGAUGAGAUCUUAAACGCAGUGUCACUCGGCGACAAAGCAGAUGCGCUUGCCAGCACUCUCUCAGGUGGUAUGAAACGUCGUUUGAGUAUCGGAAUUGCUCUAGUUGGUGGCUCUCGUUUUGUAAUUUUGGAUGAACCAACGGCUGGAGUUGAUGUGAACAGUAGGAAAGAGAUCUGGACGCUGUUGCAAAACAAUAAGAAGGGUGGGUGA